AUGGCACUCCAGGAACGAAGGUUAAUUUUCAAAUUAUUUCGAAUAUUAACAUUCGUAUCAACGUUAAGCUGUUUAAUAUUGGAGAUUGCCGGGGAUUUUAUACGAGCGCCUUUUCAUUCUAAAGGGUAUUACGUGAUCACGUUUGAGACGAGGUGGAAAAAUGGUCUUCCUAAAACCGAUAUUUUAUUUGACUUCUUGUUGAUUGCAUUAUGGUCCACGUCGGCAUUGACAAACUUCAUCCCUGCUUACAAGGGUAACCUAUUGAUUUGCCUUGAUUCCCCGUCAGAAUUUCAUGCGAAACGUCGUGUAUUCCAUCAAGUAUAUUGUUACACCCAUUUAUUAAGCAUCUUUUUGGGAAUUUUAAAUAUACUGCUCUACCUUAUAACCGCAUUUUUAACGGUAGCUUUAUUUGCACAAAUUCGUACGCUUGAAUUAAAUUCGUUUAACAUAUCUAAUCAAAGGCUAAGCGUAGGAUCAAGUGGUAAAAGAGGAAGUUUUAAUGAUGAAAGCAUAAUUAAUAGCAACAGAAGAAGUGGAGAUUCUUUUUAUAAUCACGUAAAUAACGGACAUUCUUAUCAUAAUUGGCAAUAG